AUGGCUUCCAAAGCUCUGCUAUUUCUAUUGGCUACUCUUCUGCAACUUGCUUCAGAGGUUUCAUCUAAUGAAAAGGAAAAGAGGAUUGAGAUGAAAUAUGUUAAAGUUCCUGAACCAGCAACUCCAAUCCCAGUGAAGGCACCACCACACCCAGCUCCUGCACCACCAGUCAAGUCACCAUCUCCACCGUAUAAACCUCCAACUCCGGCACCCGCACCUCCAACCACAACUCCCCCUUACAAGCCACCAAGUCCACCACUUCCACCGGUUAAAACAAGGAAGGAUUGCAUCCCUUUAUGUGGAGAAAGGUGCAAAUUACACUCAAGGACUAACCUAUGCAUGAGAGCUUGCAUCACAUGCUGCGAUAGAUGCAAAUGUGUUCCACCGGGGACGUAUGGGAACCGAGAGAUGUGUGGGAAAUGUUACACUGACAUGAAAACCCACAACAAUAAGCCCAAGUGCCCUUGAAAACACACACUUAGGGUUUCCUAUUUGGUUUUAAGCUAA